CUUCUUUUCUGUAUCAACAGAGCAAACCAGCUCACUCUCUGUAGAGCUAACCAGACCAGAGUGACUGCUUCUCACUACUCUCUCUCUCUCUCUCUCUCUCUCUCUCUCUCUCUUAACAGUUUAAUCUCUGCUUCUCCCUCACAUAUCUCUUCUUCCAACUUUCAUCUCUGCAAACUUGGAGCUUCUUUUGGUUUUGAGUAAAAAAAAAAAAAAAAACUUGGAGCUUCUUUUGGUUUUGAGUAACUUUGAUGUCUCCACCCUUAGAACAUGAUUACAUAGGCUUAAAAGAGACUUCUUUAAUGUCAAGAAGCUCUGAGAAGGCCUUACCCUCUUCUUCGUCAGGCGAAGAUGAGAAGAAAUCCUCUCUUAACCUCAGAGCAACCGAGUUAAGGCUUGGCUUGCCCGGUUCUCAGUCUCCUGAGAGGAAACAAGCUCUUGGCGUCUCUCUGUUUGGCAAAGAUUUGGAGAGCAAGAGCAGUGUUUUGGGUUUUGCUCUGAGCCCUUCCAAGAACUCGGUUUCAGGAGCCAAGAGAGUGUUCUGUGAUGCCAUUGAUGGUUGUCCCAGUAAAUGGGUGUUCUCUGGGGGCAACUGUAAAUCUGAGGUUGAUUUGGCCAAAGGAGGUCCUGUUUUGUUGUCUCCAAGAAGUGGCAAAGAGAGUGAUAAUGGGGUUAACACCCUGCAACCCUGUGUGUCAAAACCAGCCAUGAAAGAGGGUCUUGGUGGUGUUCCUCAAUCUCCAAAGCCCGAGCAAGAGGAGAGGAAGAAUCAAGGUGCUGGUGGGAGUGAGCAUGGCUCUGCUCCAGCUGCAAAGGCACAGGUGGUAGGUUGGCCACCAAUUCGAUCGUUCCGCAAGAACACCACGGCCUCUACUUUGGCGAAGAACAGCGACGAUGCGGAAGGCAAAUGCCUCUACGUGAAGGUUAGCAUGGAUGGAGCUCCCUAUCUGAGGAAGGUCGACCUCAAAAACUACAGCAGCUAUUCGGAACUCUCCACUGCUCUUGAGAAAAUGUUUAGCUGCUUCACCAUCGUAUCAGGGCAUUGCGAUUCUCAUGGGCCUCCGGGGAAAGAAAGCCUGAGUGAGAGCCGUUUGGCAGACCUUCUCAAUGGUUCUGAAUAUGUUCUCACAUACGAAGAUAAGGACGGCGACUGGAUGCUCGUGGGCGACGUUCCCUGGGAGAUGUUCACUGACUCAUGCCGAAGACUAAGGAUCAUGAAGAGUUCUGAGGCAAUUGGUCUAGCUCCGAGGGCCACAGAGAAGUGCAAGAGCCGGGAUUAGCGUGCAUGGCGCUACAGAUUUCCUCUAAAAAGGAUUUUGAGUCGUAUAAUUUUAUUGAAUUCCUAUGUAUGGUGCUAAUUGUCCUUUGAAGCUUUGGAAAGUCCUUGGAAUGGAAGUUUUUCAUUCGAAUCAUGUCUAGAUCAUAUGUUUGUUUUUCUGGUUCCUAUGAUGUUGCAUGUCCGAAUUGCUGUUGAUGUAAAUGGUCUGCUUGCUGCUUA